ACUUUAUUGAUGCACCACUUUUGACGCGCUCACCACACCCAUGCGCCAACAUGACAGAACCAGAGAACCCCGAACCUCCAAAGAGGAAGCGCUUCGCCUUCAAGAAGGCAGAAUGGCAAGCGAAGAAAGAGGACGACGACCAUCGCGACAUGUUCAGCCAUUCAAAUGAAUUCAGAGAUAUUAUCGCCGAGGAAAAUAGGAGGAAACAAGAAGCUAAGCGCAAGAAGGAGGAGGAGAAGAAGCGCAAGGAGGAAGAGAAGCGGGAGAAGAAGCGCGCGAAGUUGUCACUUGAACGUGAGGAGGGGCAAGGCCCGGGCAAUGCUUCCCUCGAAGAUCACAAAGAGCGGAGAACGAAAAGUCGAACUCCUGUCUCCCCGUAUCGCGCAAAGAACAACAGCUCCCUCAGCACGCAGUACGACGCUCUCACUGAGAUCCGUAAACCCUCAGCCACAAUCCCUUCGACCUCCGAGAUCAUAGAUCUCGGUAGUCUUUCUAGUUCAGAAGACCUGGACAACAAAGACACCAAAUCUACCAUGACCCCGCCUUCGACUGCGCCCGUCAAAAAUGAGGAGGACGAUGUUGAGGAAGUAGUAGACGUCGAGCUGCAGAACAUGAUACGGCAACGGCAAGCGACGAGGCUGGAUAGCAUACCAAAGAGAGACCCGCUAGAUGACAAGAUUGUACAGCUUCUCAUAACGUCAGAGAUUCCAGGCUCAGCACCCCUCAUAACCACGGUAAAGACAGGCCACCCAAUAGGCAGGGCGCGGACCGCAUGGUGCGUAUAUAACCGCUACUCCGACGAACAGACUCAAAACAUAUUCUUCACGUGGAAGCACAAGAAACUGGUGGAUAGCACGACAAUAAAGCGGUUAGGGAUCAAGCUGGACCCCAGCGGUGCCAUCACGGUAGAUGGUACAGCCGAGAUAUACGACGAUGAGAAUCUGCCUAAGAUACACGUUGAGGCGUGGACCGACGAGUUGUUUGCCCAAUGGAAAGCCGGAGAAGAGCUGAAGAAGAGGAAACCUGAGACACAGCCGCCGAUCGAAGAGCCAGAGCCCGUGCAGCCGGAACCAGCGAAGGCGAAUAUCAGGUUAAAGUUGAAAUCGAAGGAAUAUCCGCUAUUCAAGAUUGCGGUUCGUCCUGACACGACGAUCGAGCAUCUUGCUUCUGCAUUCCGGGAAUACAAUAAGAUUCCCAGCAGUCAACCGAUUACGCUGAUGUUCGACGGAGAACGACUGCGGCCCAUGGAUACCAUAGAGAAUACCGACGUCGAAGAUAUGGAAUCCAUUGAGGUUCACCUGAAAUAGUCAAUAUCGGAACUUCAUUAUUGUCCAUAGUCUCCGAACACUAUAUACGGCGUAUUGGGUGGCAGGCUGAGGUUCACUUGGGAGUACUUCGGGGAUUUUCAACCAGGAUUUUGGGCGAAUACUGGAGUCUAGGGAAGUUGGGUUGCUUCUGCUUUUGCUACGAUACCCUUUUCAUGUCACGAGAAUGAAUGCAGAUUUGAACGGCCCGACGUAAUAUUGCAAAUGGAUG